CAGAUGUGCCUACUUGGCAACCCACUGAUGAAGCAUUACGGAGGGGACAUAGGAUCUCCACUAUCAAACUGGAUGGUCCUGUCCUUCACUAAAUGAAAACAAAGACGAAGAAUUGGGCCAUCAAACUGUGCAUGAAAUAAUCCAGGAUUUUUUUUCCUGGCUCCUUCACAAGGAUUCUGUUGCCAGAUUCGACCACGUUGGCAGGAUAAUUCCUAUGGCCAUGUGUUCUGAGCAGCUCACCAAACUCAGCUUUUAACAUUCCUUGCAAGAAGUGCAGAGACAAUGAGAGUUCGGCUCAAAAGGGAUGUGAUCUGCACCCUUUUUUUGGUGGUUGUGCUUUGCUCUUUAUUCUAUUCCCAGUUAGAGCAUACACCCUUAACAGGAAGCAGGAAACAAACACACAAGAAACCUGCACCAACACCGAGGAUCUUCCCAGGCCAUCAAGCCCCUAAGUGGCACCCUCAAGCAGAGGUGACGUUUGACCAUUCCCAAAUCAUUUCUAUUGCUAAAGAUGUGGAGGUGACAAGUAAACAGGCCCAAACAACCCCUUUGCCACCACUGACUCAUUCUGUCUUUGAUUUCAAACGCUACCUUCUAAAUAAGGAUAAUCGGAAUUUCAAUCUUCUCAUUAAUCAGCCCAAGAAAUGCAGGAAAACACCUGAAGGUCCCUUCUUGCUUAUAGCCAUAAAAUCAGUAGUUGAGGACUUUGACAGACGCGAGAUCGUCCGUAGGACUUGGGGUAGGGAGGGUUUGGUGAAUGGGGUGCAGGUUCAAAGAGUUUUCCUCCUGGGAAUACCAAAGAAUAAGACAGCAUUGGCAACAUGGGAGAUCCUUGUCCACCAGGAGAGUGUGAUGUAUCAGGACAUUUUACUCUGGGACUUUCUGGACACCUUCUUCAACCUGACCUUGAAAGAGAUCCACUUUCUAAACUGGGCUGAUGAAUUUUGUUCCAGUGUGAAAUUCAUUUUUAAAGGGGAUGCUGAUGUUUUUGUCAAUGUGGAGAACAUCAUUGACUUUCUUGAGAUAUAUGACCCUGCAAAAGACCUCUUUGUUGGGGACAUUAUCUACAAUGCUCAUCCAAUCCGCAUGAAAAAGAGUAAAUACUACAUCCCAGAAACAAUGUAUGGGCUAGGCACGUACCCAGUCUAUGCAGGGGGAGGAGGCUUCUUACUGUCCAACAGCACCAUGAGAAAGCUCUUUCAGGCUUGCCAAGAGGUAGAGCUCUUCCCAAUUGAUGAUGUCUUUCUGGGCAUGUGCUUGCAGAGAAUCAAUCUCAAACCUGUUUUGCAUGAAGGAUUCAAGACAUUUGGCAUUGUGAAACCCUCUGCUGCCCCACACCUGCAGACAUUUGAUCCCUGCUUUUACAAAGAUCUCAUGGUAGUCCACAGUCUAAAAGUAGCUGAAAUCUGGCUAAUGUGGAACCUCCUUCAUAAUCCAGAGCUCUCCUGUACCCAAAAGAAAAAGGUGAAGAGGCCUUUCCAAUGGAACAGGAAAAGCAAUGUCAAGCAGCAGCCAAAAGCAGGUUAAACACGGCAGAAGCAGAUGAUGAACCAAGCUCGGAGGAACCCAACAUGCUGCUUUCGCACAUCUUGUUUAAAAGAUUUGGAGAGAAGGUCAUACUAUUGGAGACAUUUGCCAGAAUUCCACAUCUGCACACGCUAUUUGUAGUAGGACAUUUUCCUUAAUCUGAUUCCAAGCAAUUCACAAAAGUAGGUUUAAUUUAUUAUUAUUUAUUAGUAUGUCAGUAAUGCUCAAAGACCUCCCCCCCACCUAGGAUUAUUGUGCUGUACCAAACACAUAGUAAAAUACAGCCCCCAAAAGCUUAUCAUUUGAGAUUUAAUGUAAGUGAAUGUGACAUAUAAGGAGCAGGGUAGGGUGGGAGAUGAGGGCAAGAGUUGUGAAGAUAAAAAAUAAUUUGCUAUAUAGGUCUGGGAUUUCUGAGAGCCAUCAAGAAUUGGGCAAUAGCUAAAAUAAAGAAAAUCGGCUCUCCCCAGCUGAUGCACAAACCAAACCACUGUUGCUGGCUGCUUGGAGGUAUCAGUGGAGGUGGGUUUUGAUGAAGAAGAGGGCAGUAAUAGUAUGGGGGCUACAUGCAGAAUGGGAGGGAGGAAACAAAAUUGGAAGUUGAAGAUGUCAUUGUCGGCAGACCAAGGACGGAUAGGGAAAAGGCAAUUACAGAUAAAUACGAAAUGUUAGGGCUGUGAAGAGCACUGAAGGGGAGGAGUGCCCGCAUGUACCUUCCCUCCCUUGUGACGCACAACAAGGGUAUCUAAAACGGCCCGGGUGAAAACCUCUCACUUCUUUACUGCCAAGCCUUAUAUAGAAUACGGAAGUAGAGGGGAGGAAGACAAGUUGUGGAGCGCCUAUAGGGGGACACAUCUCCAAAAACUAUUGUUACUAGCAAUGUUAAAUAUUGGCUAAUUGAAUAGUCAACUAAUCUUAUGAAUUCUUAUCAGUUACUCGACUAUUCUAUACUCCCCAGGCAUGGAGCUGGCAGCCAGUGUGCUCCGGCCCCACUCCCAAGGAACCCCUUGCCUUUGUAUCAGAGGCAGAAGCGUGGGGUACCAGGUAGGAGCUGAUCCGCAAGAGGAGCCAGUUUAAAAAACAGGUCCCCUUGUGGAUUGGCUGCCUGUCACCCAGUGCUGCUGCCUCUGAUACAGUGUGUAUAUGUAUCACUGGGA